AUGACGGUCAGACGCUUCAACUCUCUGCUGCUGCUCGCUCUGCUCACAGUCAGUGGAUCCAGCAGCACGAAGGUUGUUGGUCGAGCAGGUGAGGACGUCACUCUGCCCUGUAAAUAUGACAUCACGAGUAACGGACCAACGGAAGUUUUUUGGAAUCGAGUAUCAGAAUCACUUCUAGGCUUCAACCACCAGAUCAUCUACUCAGACGGAUAUAAAGUGAUAGAAACAACCAGAGCUUCCAGCAGGUAUCACUUACUGGGACGACUGGAGGAUGGAGAUGUUUCUCUGACGAUCCUGAACACCACAGAGGAAGAUGCUGGACGGUACGGAUGCAGAGUGGAGACAUCUGGUUGGUUGUUCAAUGAUGAAAAACAUCUCAUCGAUCUGACCAUUGAGAAAGUCAGUGGAUCCAGCAGCACGAAGGUUGUUGGUCGAGCAGGUGAGGACGUCACUCUGCCCUGUAAAUAUGAUAUCAAGUAUUACGGACCAAGGGCAGUUUGUUGGGGUCGAGGAUCAAUAUCAACUUAUGGCUGCAACAACCAGAUCAUCUCCACAGACGGAUCUAAAGUGACAACCGGAGCUUCCAGCAGGUAUCAGUUACUGGGACGACUGAAGGAUGGAGAUGUUUCUCUGACGAUCCUGAACACCAUAGAGGAAGAUGCUGGACUGUACGGAUGCAGAGUGGAGAUACCUGGGUUGGGGAAUGAUGAAAUACAUCACAUCGAUCUGACCAUUAAGAAAGCUCCGUCGACCUCGUCAACACCAACCACAGAAACGACUGAACAGACUCCACAGACAGAACAGACGACAAACACAUCAGGUCAGGUCACCAUUACAACUUCCUCAAAUAGCAUCAACUCUGAGCAGCAGGAGGCAGGCGGUGGCGUUCUCGUGUUCAUGGUGCGUGUUCUGCUCGCGGUGAUCGCUUUGGUCACAGCAGGCGUCGCCACCGUUAUCGGGAGAAGAUGGAACCAACAUAAAAUCCCUCAGCAGCAGCAGUCCAGCACUUCGGUCCGGUUCAGCUCCAAUUCGUCGGCUGUGGAGCUCCAGCUUCUGCAGAUCGAUGCUGGCGGUAACAGCGACUGCGUGUACGAGGUCUGA